AUGGUUAAGUUUUAUCAGCAUGUUUUCAAUUAUGAUUACCAAUGGCAAAAUGUUACCCUAGCUUUCUGGUUGAGAUACCCUAAUCCAUUUGCUUCACAUGUGCUCGCUGUGGAUGUCUUGGAUCGCUAUGUUGAUGAAAAUGGCGUAUUAAAGACAACGAGACUCGUAUUGAAGAAGGGCAAGGCUCCCAAAUGGUUUCCUGAGAAUUUUCUCAAGAAUUCAGAGACAUUCAUCAUUGAAGAAUCAGAAGUUAAUCCAAAGAACAAGACCAUGAUUACUCGCACCAAGAACUUGAACCAUGUUCGCAUCAUGCAAGUGGAAGAGACUCAAAUCUUUAAGCAGCAUGAACAAAACAAAGACUGGACAGCUUGCAAGACAGAGGCUCGCAUUGUGUCAAAGUUUGGCUGGGGUAUGACUGGUCGCAUUGAGGGUUUCGGUCAAAGCACCUUCAUUGCAAACGCAGCAAAGGCUCGCAAGGGAAUGCAACACAUUUUACAAAUGAUUCGUGAAAAGCAAGCUGGCAGAGUUCCGUUCCUUGCUCCCGCCGCUCAACAAUAA